CGGGGGCAGACACGGAGCGUGACUCCCGCUUGUGGCCCCGCGCCCGCCCGCGCGCCCCUCGCUGGCUGUGCCGCGGCCCGGGCUCUCCCGGGGGCCAUGCCCGGGGGCCUGGCGCCUCCUGGGUGCGACAGCUCCGCCCUGCCACCCCCGCAGCCCGGGGGCCACCGCACCUCCCGCCUGCCAACCCCAUGGCCUGGUGCCUCCGCUCUGCAGCCUGGCAUCUCCCCACCGCCCGGCGCCUCCCCUCUGCCAGUGCCACGGCCGGAACCUCCGCCGUGCCAUCACCAUAGUCCGGUGCCACCUCUCUGCCAAAGCCCUGCCCUGGCGCCUCCCGUGUGCUAGCGCAAUGGCCCAUCCCCUCCACUCGGUCAUUGCCGCGGCCUGACACCUCCCGCCUUCCCGCGCCACAGCCCGGCGACGCCUUUGUGCCAUGGCCGUGUCCCAGUGACUCCCCGUGUGCCAUGGCCUGGGCCCGGCGCCCCCCCUCUGCCAGUGCCACAGCCCUGCGCCUCUUGUGUGCCAUCACCAUGACCUGGUGCCUCCGCACAUGCGUGCCAAAGCCACGCCUGAUGCCUCGCCCCUUGUGUCUGAAUGCCACAGCCCGGCGUGUCCCUUGUGCCAAUGCCACAGUCCGGUGCCUCACCUCUCCUCUGCCAACACCUGGGCCCGGUGCCUUCUGUGCGCCAAUGUCAUGGCCCAGUGCCUCCUGUGUGCCAGACACUUCAUCUCCUGUGUGCCAAUGCCACAGUGUGGCACCUCGCUCUGCUUGAGCCAUAGCCCAGACCCUCCCAUGUGUGCCAGCACCACAGGCCACUACUUCCUGUGUGCCAAUGCCCUGGACCAAUGUCUCCCAUGUGCCAAUGGUAUGGCCAGGCGCUUCGCCUCCCGUGUGCUAACGUCACGGCCCUGCGCCUCACUGCGUGUGCCAGCGCCAGGCCUGGCAGUUUGCCUCUCGUGCCAAUACAAUGGGCUGGUGCCUCGCGGCAUCUGCCAAUGCCAUGGCGCAGCGCCUCACUGCAUGUGCGCCAAUGCCACGGCACGUCUGCCAGCACUAUGGCCCAGCCUCUUGCCUCCCGUGCGCCAGCGCCGUGGCGCGGUGUGUCGCUGUGUGUGUGCCCACGCCAACAUGUCCUCAGCUUACUGGUCUCUCCCCUCCCCACCAAUAAAAGGGUCCAUGUGCCACCCCGAGCUAAUUAAUAUGACUAUUUUACAGAGACAUUUAAAAACACUCAAGCCCUGCCACCCAGGUAUGUUUUUCUGUUAUUUUAUCAUUUUUCUUUCCGUACUCAGCCCACGGGGCUGUGAAUGGCAGAGCUACCUCACAUGUCGCAAGUGGAAAAUGAAACUAAAUGGCACAUUAAACCAACAAGGCAGCACAAAAACUGGCCGGGCCAGUCAAAAACCAGCCAGAUGGCAACCCUGCUUCACACUCGCCUGUGCCAAUAUCAACAUGAUGCAUCGAAUGCCUCCGACACACCUGUGCCAACAUCACCGCCCGAUGAACCAAAUCUCCCGACAUGCUGGUGCCAGCCUCACUGCCCAACGCACUGAACCCCUUGACACACCUGUGCCAUCAUGAUGCACUGGCUCCCACAUCAAUGCCGGCAUCAAUCAACCUAUAUGAAAUCCCUCACUGCCAGCCUCAGUGUACUCCAAUGAUGUGUCAGCCCAUGCAGAAUCAUGAGCCAUUUUGUGACCAGGUGUGAUCUGCCCAUCAGUUUCCACAUCUCGUCUAAAUGAUGCCAUCUCCAACAGCGCUGACCUCCGUAGCACCAUGCUGCAGCAUGGAUUUGUUACUACUGCACACUGCAUCAAAGAGUGACCAGAUUUGAAUUUGCUUCAUAGCCACGGUGGUUUGGCUGCUGGAUACUGAAAAUCUCCAUCUCACAUUGGUUUGUUACAUUACAUUCUUGCGGUGAUCUGAGAGACAACAGAAGGCUUGAAUGCGAGGCCAGAAUUUCCUGCUAACCCCACCAGGCUAAGCCUGGCACAGUGAACCAAUGGGCUUGGGUAACUUUUGGAUAACCCUAAUAACUCACUUGGUUUGUCUGUUCUGUACCUGUGGAAAAGCUGUUGUGAAAAAGAUGAGCUGGUUUUCUUGGCUUCCUCUGAAUGCUAGUGCUGAGCACUUACCUACGGCUUUCCCUCUUCCACUUGCUGCGGCAGGAUUCACUAGUGAAAUCCUCACAAUACUCCAAGUGAGUCAGUGCUAUGAUCCUCAUUUUACAGAUGGGGAAACUGAGGCACAGAUGAAUGCUAUGACAUGCAAGAGGCCACAGAUGGAGACAUUGUCUGAGUGGAAGUAGGACUCAAGGGCUCAUCUGUGGUGUCUAUGGAGGUACAAGGAGGCAGCCCAAAGUCUCUUCUGUUCAUUAGGGGUGUAUGUUAUCUCUAGGGUCCUACGUAACGAGUAAUAUAUUAGGACUGCAGCUUUUAUGAAUCAAUUGCCUAAGUCACUUGUCAUUCAAGAGUGUAAGUCUUGCUGGCUGGGAAGCUCUGCAACUGAUCUCUAAUCACCUAAGUGAGGACAGAGCUGCACUGCACUUAAAAGCCGGUGGGAAGAUGAAAAGUGGGGUGCACGCGCUGUUGCUUUUUGGAAUAUGCUAACACACAGCUGUACAUGAUCUCAGAUCACUGCCAGGCCCAGAGUGUUGUGCUCUCUCUAUAAGAGUGGAGAUCAAUCAAUCAAUCAAUCAAUGAAUCGAAGGAUUACAUGCCAUUUUUAAAAAGAAAA